AAACUCUCCUUUGAAGACACCUUAAUACACGCCACACACACAAAACGACAAUUAAAGCGUUGUUUCUUCUCAGUUUAACUCAUUUGUACGUGGAAUUGAAUAAAAUCUCAUCAUGGUGCUUCUUGAUAAUGAUCAAUUCCUGGCAGAAUUAACAAAACUUUUUCAGAAGAGUAGGACAUCUGGAUCAGUCUACACAACGAUGAAGCAGUAUUAUGGCCAAAAUAAACCCAAGCCAAAGGCAGCCAAAGGUGAAAGAUUAUCAGUGUCCGACCAGUCAGAACAUAAAUGUCUGUUUAGAGCAACCAAUGGCAAGAAGAAAAUUUCUACAGUGAUAAGUACAAAAGAUGUAACAAAAUUCCAGAUGGCUUACGCAAACGUAAUGAAAGGCAACAUGGACGGGUUGAAGAAAAGAGAUAAAAGAUCGGCCAAGAGCAAAAGCAAGACCACCAAAGCUACUUAAUGCAGGAUGCCAUGCUAUAUAUGGAAAAGACUUUUCUUGAUCAAUAUUGAAGACUCUGAAUCGGAUGAAGAUGUAAAGAACUCACCCCUGUUUUAGUGAGAUGGAGAAAGUAUGAUGCGGAUUGCGGAACAUUGUCUUGAUGUAGAAGCCAUCAGGAAUCAGACUGUUUGGUGAACUUAAGACCGAAUUCUAGCAAUGGCUGCCUUUCAUGAAGAACAUGCUACAAUACUGCACCAAGGCUGGACAAGAAUACUUCAUCAGAAGAUAGUGCUGUUAAGUGAUUCUCUACAACUACAUUUUACAUGAAUUUUGUUUUUAUUUGAAAAUUAUGUUUUUAAAUUUUAAUCCAAAAUUGCCCUUUAAUUUCAAAGUCAUUAAAUGCAUAGAUGAUCAUUUGGUAAAAUGGGAAGAAGACUUUAUAGAAAAGUAUUUUAUGAGGAUCUCAAAAUAAACAAGAGAUAGCAUGUAUUUGAUUAAUUGAAUAAGACUUACUACCCCCCCCCCCCCCCCACCUGAUGUUGAAAUGGAAUGCAACUCAAAAUCUGUGGAUGAACAUUUGUCUCAGUUAGAAAAUGUAUUCUGCAAAAACAGUCAACUGUCCUAAUGUCCGUGUUCAUUCAGUGUCGAGUAUAAAAGUGUCUAGAUGUUGGCCUUUUUUAACAUUGAACAUUCUCCCACAAUGUAGUCCCAAGAUGUGUAUGAAAUCUAUUUUCAUGUUUAUAUUCACUUUGCUUUUUCUAGAGCACAAGUCAUUUUAUUGCAUGAGUGCAGUUUGGGAAUAUCACACUAAGGGAUGAUCUAUUCCAUUUUGGUUUCACAUUAUACACUUCAAAGAAUACACAAAUUAAAUGUACACGUACCAGUACAUACGUCUACGCUAUUUUUGACAUUUUUUUCAGUUCUAUUAGACGUGCUUUGAAUCAUUUGUGCUAAUUUGUCUGGAAGAGCUAUUCUUAGAGCCACUUUGUCACUCAUUAGCAAAAUGACUUUGUUGCCUUUGAAAACAAACUCUUUAUUGGACUGUAACUUUAUGCCUGUUUUGUAGUAAUAGAUUUGUAUGUGUACAGAUUUUUUCUUUUCUUUUCUUUUUUUUUUUUUCUAUUUGGGAAGGUUCCUUCCAAUUGAGAUUUUCAGAUUACUAUAUAAAGAACGGAGACAUCAUAAAUAUAGGAUCCUCAUGGAAUAUGCAACUUAACUCCUUCAUUCUUUUCCUCCUUCCAGUCCUUCCAGUAUAGAAUUAUUGUAAAACAUAUCAAGAGUCGUUAUCAAACUCUUCCACAAGGGAUACUCAUUGACGUAUUAAUAAAGUUGGAGAGUACUUAUAGAUACUCACAAAAAUUUCAGGGGCUGCCACAAAGUACCCUUUGACAUUAUCUAUAACAUUAAGAACAAGAACAGGGGGUGCAAUACUCCCCCUAGAAAAUGAAUUAUAUUGAAGGUCAUUUCUGCAUUUCUCAAGAAAAGCAGAAUUUUUCUUUUAACAUUUAAAAUGAUCUGUUUGCCUGAUACAUUUACAUGCCUUUUCAAGCAGACUGAGACCAGAGGAUUCACAAUUUUACUCACUGCAUUUGGUCCCCGCCCCCCUCCCCUCCCUUUCCUGCAGAGAAUGCUGAAAAAGUAAAUGUCAUUAUUUAAUACCUUUAAUAUCCACAGGAGUAGGUUAUUUAGCAGUAUUUCAUUUGAACAAUAAUACAUACAGCAUGGGAGUGUGUAGUAAUAAAACAUGGUGUUUGUUUUUUUCAAUGCAAAGAUUAUCUAAAAUAUUUUGCAUCAUCGUUCAAAAUAUGUAUUAUAUCAUGUCUUCAAUUUAAAAUAAAGGGGAUAUCGAAUUAUCUGCCCUUUUCAAUUGUUGCAACAUUGUAUUACAUGUACAUUGAUAUUAUAUCAUCUACCAACCAAAAGUUGCCACUUCAUUCCAAUAAACUGACAUUUUGUAUUUUUCUGUAUUAUACAAGUUCUAAUGUUCCAUUUUCAUGAAAGAAGUACAUGAACAUGCAAAAUUUCUAAUUCAAUACUAUGUUCUGUAUACUUUUUUGUUAACCUGUCUGAAACUCUGAAUUUUACUCAUUCUGAAAAGCUAGGAUAGUCAACCAUACAAUUUGUUUCCCUUAUAGUGACAGCUUACCAAAUUGUAAACAACUGUUGCUUUGACUUUUUAAAAUAUCCAAUUUUUAUUUCUUUUCAUUUGUUUUAAACUCUUUGGUAGAGAGAAAGGUGCCAUGAAUUUCGUUUUUAUUUAUUCUUGUCAACUACUAGGAUGCAUGUCAUACUUUAUUUCAAUAUCUAAAUUAACUUCAUUUGUGUUUUAAUUUGUCAUGUGCAUCGAGAUUAUGCAUGCAUUCGUUUAUUUGAAUUAUAUAAAUAUCAGGUAGGUAUUGUUCAGGUAACAUUAAUUUCUCAUUAAAACAAAUACAGAGAUUAUUCCUAUCUACUACA